AUGCCAACCCUAUGGCUAGGUUUACAGCAAUUGUCCGAUCGUGCGAUCGUGGGUAAUCCGACCGUCCGGUUGAGGCCAAACUCUCGGGACAUGUGUCCUAGGCAUAUUGGAACCUUUAGGGACUCCCGGAUUUGUGAUAGGAGGUCGUGGGCCUCGCGAGCCAGGUUGAUCAAGUUUAGGUGUUUGACCCCUUCGAUUGACCAUGAGUCUUCCGAUGUAGUUUUAUCCCUCAAGAAAUGUUAG